AUGGGUGGGUUGUCCAUCAUCUCGAUGUCAAGUAAGCUUUUCUCAAUGGAGAUCUCAAAGAAGAGGUUUAUGUCACCCAACCAGAAGGAUAUGUUGAUAAAGCCAACAGUCACAAGUUCACAAGACCCAGCUGUUUACAAAAGGAACUCAAAAGACAUAAUUCUUAUUGUUGGUGUCUAUGUUGAUGACUUGAUCAUUACCGGGUCGAACACUAACGACGUUGUCGAAUUCAAAGAACAAAUGAAGAAAGAAUUCGAAAUGAGUGACUUGGGAUUACUUUCUUACUACCUUGGAAUCGAAGUUUCGCAAAAGAAGUGGGGAAUAUCUUUGCGACAAACAACUUAUGCAAAGAAGAUUUUAGAGCAAUUUGGGUUGCUGGAUUGCAAUCCGACAACGUCACCAAUGGAACCUAAGUUGAAGGUUAAGAAGGAUGAAGAUGGUGAAAAAGUUGAUCCAACCGAAUAUAGGCGAGUGGUAGGUUGUUUGAGGUACUUGACUCACACUCGACCGGACUUGUCAUUUUCAGUUGGAAUUACAAGUCGUUUCAUGGAGGAACCGGCCAUUUUGCACUUCCAAGUUGUGAAACAUAUCUUACGGUAUGUGAAAGGAACCGUUGAUUAUGGAAUCAACUAUGGAAGAGGUCAUGAAAUUGAAGAUUUUGUUGGUUUUACUGAUAGUGAUCUUGGAGGUGACCCUGUUGAUAGCAAGAGAACAAGUGGAAUGAUUUUCUAUCUAGGAAGGAACGUGAUAACUUGGCAAUCCCAAAAGAAAAAGAAUGUUGCUUUGUCCACAUGUGAAGCCGAGUUCAUGGCAGCUACAACAACAGCAUGUCAAUCCAUUUGGCUUGCUAAUCUCGUGAAGGAGCUCACGAGACAUCAUAUCAUGCCUAUCACCUUAUAUGUUGAUAACAAGUCAGCAAUCGCAUUGAUGAAAAAUCCCGUGUUUCAUGGUCGAAGCAAAGACAUUGACAUUCGUUAUCACUUCAUACGAGAAUGUGUUGAACGUGGGCAAAUUAUAAUGGAAUAUGUCAACUCGAAGGAUCAACAGGCGGACAUCUUUACAAAGGCUUUAGCAUACGUGAAACAUAGUGAAAUGCGAAACAUGAUCGGCGUGACGAAUCUCGAGCCAAGUUCGGUUUAA